GAUUUUGUAACCAUUUUCCCAGUCAUAGAUUUCUGAUUGGGCAGUAGUGCAAUAACCUACUAAAGAAACAAUGGUUUUGCAGAUUGGAUCAGUAUGCUAUAGCAAAAUUUGCCGAAAGCUUUGAGAUGGUGCCUAAAACGCUAGCUGAAAAUGCUGGGCUUAAUGCAAUGGAGAUCAUAUCUUCUCUAUAUGCUGAACAUGCAUCAGGAAAUACCAAAGUUGGCCUCGACUUGGAGGAAGGCCGUUGCAAAGAUGUGUCAACUCUUAAUAUUUGGGACCUCCACAUAACUAAGUUCUUUGCUCUCAAGUAUGCUGCAGAUGCUGCCUGCACUGUUCUACGGGUAGAUCAGGUAACUAGUAACUACGUAUUUGUCAAUGGUUUUCCUAAUUUUGAAGUACCCAAAUUUGGCCUACGUGAUGAAGAUGAUGAAGUCCCAUAUGUAUCACAGAAUGUCAAUUUAGAGCUCACUUUGGGAAGGCCACAUUGGGAUUGA